UGUGGCCUUGUCUUUCGUAAGCAAAGAGACCAAUUACCACUUCCCCUUUUUAUAAUCACCACCUUCCCCCAAUCUUCACUUGCCCUUUUUCUCUCUUCCAUUUUUCUCUCAACCACAAAACCAAAUCAAAAGGCCAUUUCCUGUUUCCCCCAAUUCUCUCUCGAAAGGGAAAUAUGGCCAUUCCUCUGCCGGCCUCCGGCACCGGCAACGGCAACGCCACUGCCGCCACCCCGGCCCCUUUCGACCCCUCCGCCCCUCCUCCUUUCCGUAGCGACAUCCGAGCCGCCAUUCCUCCCCAUUGCUGGGUCAAGAACCCUUGGCGCUCUCUCGUUUAUGUUCUUCGAGAUUUAGUCAUCGUCUCCGCAUUGGUCGGCCGCGCCGUCUUCUUCGAUUCCUGGCUCUUCUGGCCAAUCUAUUUGGUCGCUCAGGGCACCAUGUUCUGGGAUUUUGUCCUCGGCCACGACUGCGGCCAUGGCAGCUUCUCCAACAGUUAUGCGCUUAAUUCUUUCAUGGGUCUUCUUCUUCAUUCCUUCAUUUUGGUUCCUGAUCAGGAAUUGAGAAUAAGCCACAGAACUCACCAUCAAAACCAUGGAAAUGUGGAGAAAGACGAAUCAUGGGUUCCAUUGACGAAGAAGACUUAUAAGCAGCUGGAAAAAAGAACAAGAAUCCUCAGAUUCACUUUACCUUUCCCCAUUCUUGCAUACCCAUUUUACCUUAUGUGGAGAAGCCCAGGGAAAGAAGGAUCUCAUUUCAAUCCAUAUAGUGAUUUAUUUGCUCCAAAUGAGAGAAAAGACAUUGUGAUUUCAACUUCAUGUUGGACAUUAAUGGCGGUUCUGUUGGUUUAUUUGUCCUUCGUUUUUGGUCCAUUCCAAAUCUUCAAAAUCUAUGGCGUUCCGUACUGGAUAUUUGUAAUGUGGCUGGACUUUGUGACAUAUCUGCACCACCAUGGGUAUGAACAGAAGCUGCCAUGGUACAGAGGAGAGGAAUGGAGCUACUUACGUGGCGGGCUGACGACCGUUGAUCGAGAUUAUGGAUUGUUCAACAACAUCCAUCAUGAUAUUGGAACUCAUGUCAUCCACCAUUUGUUUCCUCAGAUCCCUCACUAUCAUCUCGUUGAAGCGACAAAGGCAGCCAAGGGAGUGUUGGGGAAGUAUUAUAGAGAGCCAAAGAAAUCAGGGCCAAUUCCAUUUCAUUUGGUAAACAAUCUGGUGAACAGCCUAAGACAAGACCACUAUGUCAAUGACCAGGGCAAUAUUGUCUUUUACCAGACAGAUCCUUAUCUUUACCACUACUAAAAAUUCCAUUCUCUCCUCUUUUCUCAAGCCUUAGUUGAGUUCAACCUUUCUUUAGAAUUGUCCUUCUUGUUGGCUUAGUCGCACUUGUAUUAUUACAUUUCCCAAAAUACCCCCUUCCCAAAAAAAAAAGAACAUUUUCCUUUUUGAUCCCAUCAAUUGAAAACAAAAAAAUAAAUUCAAUUCAAUUAUCAUCUAUCUA